CACAGACGCGCACGGGACUCCUCGCUCGCCCAUAUCCGCCAUUUAGAAGUAAUCCAAUUGAAUUCUUUAGGCAAUAAUAACAACUCCAAAGCGUCAAAAUGAAAGUCACCAGCAUAGACGGCCGGCGUCUGAGGAAAAUCAUCAGGAAGGAGAGUGGCAGCUGCCUUAUUGUGGAUUGCCGACCUUACUUCUCAUUCACGAACUCCAAUAUCAAAGGUUCUGUCAAUGUCAAUCUCAACUCAGUGGUGGUCCGGAGGUCCCGAGGAGGGCCGGUGCCCCUGCAGUUUGUCAUCCCGGAUGAGAGAGCCCUGUUUCGGCUUCGGGAGGGGAGCGUAUCGGCAAUCGUAGCUCUGGAUGACCGGACGUCCCACUGGCAAAAACUGAAAAAGGACAGCGUAGCACAAAUAGUAAUAAACACUCUGUCACAUCUAGCGAGCGGGGCAAACGUCUGUUUCCUGAAAGGAGGAUACGAGAACUUCCACUCUCAAUACCCUGAACUUUGCACUGAGGUGAAAACCAUCGACCAGAGCGGAACUGAAACCGAGAAGAGAGUCAACAGCCACAGCGAGAAGCUUUCUCACCACAAACCAGAUUACGAUCAGGGUAAACCUGUAGAGAUCCUGCCUUUCCUCUACCUCGGCAGUGCCUACCACGCCUCCAGACAGGACUAUCUCAGCGAACUUCACAUCACGGCCUUGCUCAAUGUGUCGCGCAGGGACCUGCAGCCGGCCAAGGGCCACUACUACUACAAGUGGAUCCCAGUAGAGGACAGCCACAUGGCCGACAUCAGCUCCCACUUCCAGGAGGCCAUAGAGUUUAUUGGUGAGUUGAAGGGAAUGAUCGUAAUGCUCUGCUCUCCUUUUAGGGGGUGCAACUCUUCACCUAUUUUCUGAUUGGCAGGGGUCACACUCAGAGGUUUGUGUCUGGAUUUGAAUUGUAAAAAGUCACAGCCGUCUUUAUGUUUUUCGUUAUUUUAAGAAGAUAGUUCAGUCACCCAAACUAGCUAGGAAGGGAAAUAACCACCACCAAGAUGGAGUCUUUCCCGGGAAUAACAUCAGCUUCUGUUUAUUUGUAGUGCAACAUCUCCACAAGGAGUCCCAAAACAACUCAAGCUGAGUUAGAGAGCCACCUAUACAUAGCCCAGGUGUGUUUAUUUUUGUUUUGCUGCCUCUCACCUGCUACCGUGCACAAAAAGAGGGCUAUAAGAAAUCCAGCUGUAAUCAGUUUAACU